GUCAGCGAGUGUAGCUGCUUUUAGCAAAGCCCAACCAGCUUCAGAACCGACUCAAAACCAAAUCGUAACAGUUAGCCAAUUUGUUCCGUCCCGUUCGGUUCAGUUUCAGAGUGCUUUACAGUUGAACGCUUGCCGUGAAAACUCGCGUUUGUUCGUUAAUCGAGUUUUAGGAGAAAAUGUCGCUCAAUCCGAACGGGUACAAGCUCUCCGAAAGGACGGGUAAACUGACGGCAUAUGAUCUGAUGCCCACAACAGUCACUGCUGGAGCCGAGACACGUGAGUUUCUGUUGAAAGUUAUCGAUGUGCUGUUGGACUUUGUGAAGGCAACGAACGAUCGCAAUGAAAAGGUGCUGGACUUUCAUCAUCCGGAGGAUAUGAAGCGUCUGCUCGACUUGGAAGUGCCGGAUAGGGCUCUGCCGCUGCAGCAGUUGAUCGAGGACUGUGCCACAACGCUGAAGUAUCAAGUGAAGACGGGACAUCCGCACUUCUUCAAUCAGCUGUCGAACGGCUUGGAUCUGAUCUCCAUGGCUGGCGAAUGGUUAACAGCCACUGCCAAUACGAACAUGUUCACAUAUGAGAUAGCUCCAGUCUUCAUUCUCAUGGAGACCGUCGUUCUGACCAAGAUGCGCGAGAUUAUUGGGUGGUCGGGUGGCGAUUCGAUUUUGGCACCCGGUGGCUCCAUUUCGAAUCUGUACGCCUUCCUGGCCGCUCGCCACAAGAUGUUUCCCAACUACAAGGAGCACGGUUCGGUCGGUCUACCAGGCACUCUGGUUAUGUUCACAUCUGAUCAGUGCCAUUACUAUUCUUGCGCUGCGGUCUGUGGUCUCGGCACCGAUCACUGCGUCAUGGUGCCAUCCGAUGAGCAUGGCAAGAUGAUUACCUCGGAGCUGGAGCGUUUGAUACUGGAGCGCAAGGCCAAGGGCGAUAUUCCGUUCUUUGUGAACGCCACCGCCGGCACCACUGUGCUGGGCGCCUUCGAUGAUAUUAAUGCCAUUGCCGAUAUCUGUCAGAAAUACAAUUGCUGGAUGCACGUCGAUGCUGCUUGGGGCGGUGGUUUGUUGAUGUCGCGAAAGCAUCGCCAUCCCAGAUUCACCGGAAUCGAACGUGUUGAUUCGGUUACCUGGAAUCCACACAAGCUAAUGGGAGCACUGUUCCAGUGCUCGACUAUCCAUUUCAAGGAGGAUGGCCUGCUCAUCAGCUGCAACCAGAUGUCGGCCGAGUAUCUGUUCAUGACCGACAAACACUACGACAUAAGCUAUGACACUGGCGACAAGGUAAUCCAAUGUGGACGCCACAAUGACAUCUUCAAGCUGUGGCUGCAGUGGCGCGCCAAGGGCACCGAAGGAUUCGAGCAGCAGCAGGAUCGCUUGAUGGAACUGGUUCAGUAUCAACUGAAGCGCAUUCGAGAGCAACCUGAUCGUUUCCAUUUGAUUAUGGAGCCGGAAUGCGUGAAUGUUUCAUUCUGGUAUAUACCCAAGCGUUUGAGGGGCGUGCCACAUGACGCCAAAAAGGAAGUGGAGCUGGGCAAGACCUGUCCGAUAAUCAAGGGCCGUAUGAUGCAGAAGGGCACACUUAUGGUCGGCUAUCAGCCAGAUGAUCGACGACCCAACUUCUUCCGCUCGAUCAUCUCGUCGGCUGCUGUGACCGAAGUGGAUGUGGACUUUAUGCUCGAUGAGAUACACCGAUUGGGCGAUGAUUUGUAAGCGAUUUCAAUUCCAGUUGACAAGCAUUGUUUCCUCCAGAGAGAUAAUAGUAGCUGUUGUUUUGCAUAGUUCAUACAACCAAGAAGUAUCUUUAAGGUAAAAAGCAUAUCAUAAGAACGCAUUGGGAACUUCCAACUAAUCAAAGUUCAAUGUUGCUGUACAUUUGUUUCUGGAAAAAAAAAAAACAAAAACAAAAAACAAAACAAAAUGUUACUAAAUGUUACGUUUGGUUCCUUUUUUCUGUUAUACUGUUCUAAAAGCCUAUCAAAUAUUGGAAGACUUUUAAACAUAUGUACUCACAUACUUAUAAUCAAAAUGUUAUCGAAACUUAUAAGAGCCAAGUUGAUUUUAUGUUUCACAUUUAAUGAAUAAUUCAAAUAGUUUAUUACGACUGUUGCACAUUACAUGUUUAAAAUUAAAUAGUUCAACUCUAUAAAUAUCUAGAUGUAUAUUUAUAAAUGAAUACAACUACAACAACCACCCGCCACAUUCACCACCAAAAAAAAAACACCCAACUGAAUCUCAAAACCAAAGUUUGAGUCCCAAAAAAAAAAACUUAAAAAAAAAGAGAAUUUCGAAUGUGUGACUAAAAACUGAUUUUGCUAUCUUAACAUAUGAAAUGAUGGAAAUGAAGUAAUUUUGAUUUAAUUGGUUAAAGUAUGUGAAUUCUGUUGCUGCUAUAUAAAAAAGUAUAUCUAAAGUUGAUCUAUUGCAAAGUUUAUGCUUCAGGCAAUUGUAUGUACCUUUAAACUAUACAUGUAUCAAAAGAGACCUGUGCUUAUUAAAAUUGUAAUCGUAUAAUCCAAGAAAUUGGUUGAAAAUCGCAGUUUUCUAACUCAGUUUUGCUGUUGAGUUUAUGAAGGCUCCAAGACCCUAUAUGAACUAUAUUCAACUGAAUGAAGCUUGAUGGGAACUUAGGCCAAAACUAGUCCAAGUAUCGAACUGUGCUAUAUACAUACAAGAAUACGUAUAAUCGAAUAAUUUAGUUGAACAAUGGUUACUAGACUUUAUUUAUCAUGAUAAAUAUCUGAUAUAUAUAUGAGAUAUAUUCGGUGUCAAUUAAAUGCAAUUAAUACACAAAAUAUGAAAAAAGAAAAUUAACAAAAAAAUGUUCGAACUUCAAGAAUUUUAGUUGACUUUUGUUGUAUUUUAACCUGGUUUGAAGCAGCAGCCGCGUGUUGAAAAUGGCAUGGAUUAAUAGUGAAAGAAAAAACCCAAAUUAGUAAACUUAAAAUCCAAGUACCCCAUGGGUAAUGGGUAUAAACAAUUCAUAACUACACGCGCUGUACACAAAUAUUCUUAACAAUAUAAAUAAUUCCAAAAAUAUAUAUGAACUGUAUUUUAGUAUGGUGUUAACUAAGUUCUAUCAAAAUAAAACUACAUAUGUGUAUAUCAGAUAUAUUAACAAUUAAAUGGAAUACUUGAAAAGUCAGAUCACAUAAUUUGCAAUACGAUGUAUAAAUUUAUGUAUAUGUAUUUGAGAAUUCGAAUAAAUGCAAUUAU